AUGUCGGAAUGUCCAUCUAGUGAACGUAUAAUAUUGAAUGUUGGUGGAAUUAAGUAUGAAACAUACCGUUCUACCCUAACAAAUUAUCCCGAUACAUUAUUAGGAACAAUGUUUCAAGGAAGAAAUCAAACAUUACUUCAUCCCAUAAAUGGGAAUGAAUAUUUUAUUGAUAGGAAUGGUAGAGCGUUUCAUUAUGUACUAGAAUUUUAUCGUACGGGAGAUGUUAUUUGGCCAAAUGAUGACGAAUUCUUAUCGUCAAACAUGUCUUGUAGUUGUUGUCAAUUAGUAACAAGACAAGAAUUGAUAAGAGAAUUUGAUUAUUUUCAAAUACCAACCAAGAAAGAAAUGAUUCCAUCAAAUAUCGACGAUUCAAAAUCCUUAGCAAUAAAAUUAGAUGGAUUUGUCACAAAUUUAAUAGAGUCUUACUAUAUAGCGAGACAAAAUUAUCAGACAAAUUUAUCAAUUAAAUUUUAUGAUCGUCUACCAACAAUAAAAUUAGAACCAAAAUCAAUUCCAAUACAUUCCGAACCUCGAAUUGAUAGAUUAAUGAAACCCUAUUUAUCGAGUGGUUAUUAUAUAUUAGAAAUGUUCUCUAAAUUCAUUGAAACUUAUAUCAAGAUGAUGAUUCCUGAUUUAAGAUGGAGUUUAGACAAAAGGUUUAAAUAUGAACCCGAGCCAAGUUAUUAUGAAUUAAAAAUUACAAGUGGAAAAGUAUUGGAUAAAGAUGAGAUUCUUAAAUAUUCAGUUUUAAAAAAUGUAAAUAUUUCAGAAUCUCAAUAUAUUGUAAAUGGAUUAGGUUUAUUGGGUGGCACUUUUAGACCUUUGAACAGAGAUGGAAGAUAUAUUUAA